UCUUAUUUGCCGUCAUGACAGGUGAGACGAUACGUCCCGCGCGCAAGGAUCAUUACAAAGGCAACAAAAAUGCCCAAGUCGUCGACUCGUUCGACGACACCCCCAACGGGACCAUCCCCGGCGGCACCGUUCAUCAUUUGAAAUCCAACAAGGCUUUCCUGAAGUCGGUCAAACCGGCGGCACUGCACCAUCACCACCAGCAGCAACAACAGCAGCUGAAUGCAAACAACCUGAACGGCACCGUCGUCAACGACGACAAUAAGAAUCCGAUCAUCCUCAUCAGCGAGGAUUUCCCGGUGCACGAGUGCGUGUUCAAGGGGGAUGUGAGACGGCUCUCCUCCCUCAUCAGGAUGCACAGCAUCUCUCAGAAAGACGUCCACGGUAAUACACCUCUCCAUCUGGCUGUGAUGCUGGGCCACAAAGAAUGUGCCCUUCUCCUUCUGGCCCACAAUGCACCUGUAAAGAUGAAGAACGCACAGGGAUGGAGCCCUCUGGCAGAAGCCAUCAGCUACGGCGACAGACAAAUGAUCACAGCAAUACUCCGCAAACUCAAGCAACAGUCCAGGGAGAGUGUGGAGGACAAAAGGCCAAAAUUGCUCAAAGCCCUCAGGGAGCUUGGCGACUUUUACCUGGAGCUGCACUGGGAUUUUCAAAGCUGGGUGCCUCUGUUGUCCCGAAUGCUUCCCUCUGAUACUUGUAAAAUCUACAAACAAGGCAUCAAUAUCAGGUUGGACACCACCCUCAUCGACUUCAUCGACAUGAAAUGUCAGCGCGGAGACCUCAGCUUCAUCUUCAACGGCGACGCGCCGCCCGCGCAGUCCUUCGUGGUCCUGGACAACGAAGCCAAAGUGUACCAAAGAAUACACCACGAGGAGUCUGAGAUGGAGACGGAGGAGGAGGUGGACAUCUUGAUGAGCAGCGACGUCUACUCGGCCACCCUGUCCACCAAGUCCAUCACCUUCUCCCGGACUCAGAGCGGCUGGCUCUUCAGGGAGGACAAAACCGAGCGGGUGGGCAACUUCCUGGCGGAUUUCUACGCCGUCAACGGCCUGGUGCUGGAGUCCAGGAAGCGGCGCGAGCACCUGAGCGAGGAGGACAUCAUCAGGAACAAAGCCAUCAUGGAGAGCCUCAGCAAAGGCGGCAGCAUCAGCGAGCACAACUUCGAGUCCGUGAGGAGGCAGUCCCUCUCGGCGCCGGCCCCCAACACCAUCUCCUGGGAAGAGUACAUCACGGCAGAGCAUGGAAAACCUCCUCAUGUGGGCAGAGAGCUGGUGUGCAAAGAGAACAAGAAGCACUUCAAGGCCACCGUCGCCAUGAGCCAGGACUUCCCUCUGGGUAUCGAGUCCUUGCUGAACGUGCUGGAGGUGGUGGCCCCCUUCAAGCACUUCAACAAGCUGCGGGAGUUCGUCCAGAUGAAGCUGCCCCCCGGCUUCCCUGUCAAACUCGACAUCCCCGUGUUCCCGACCAUCACGGCCACCGUCACCUUCCAGGAGUUCCACCGCGACCGCUUUGAGGGCUCGCUCUUCGUCAUCCCGUCCGACUUCAAGGAAGACCCCAGCCGCUUCCCGGACCUCUGACCGCCUGCAGACGCCGGCCUCCGUUGAAAACCACUCUCCCGAUAUGCAUAGAAAUUUAAAAAAAAAAAAAAAAAAUAUAUAUAUAUAUAUAUAUAUAUAUAUAUAUAUAUGUAUACGAGCAUAUUGUAUUUCUCAAAGCGGCUGCCAGCGAGGAUCUAUUUACAUAACUGCAAAUGAGGGCCAGGCCUUUAUCUUUUGGAAUUGUAGGAAAUCAUAUUUAUCAAAUGAGUUUAACGUGAAUGAGGAAGGACUUGAGUUGCAUCGACAUGGACGCACGUGUUGCGGAGUGACCGCGUCGGGAACGAAGCUAGUCCGGAUCGUCUCGAAGGAGUUUACGACACGCGCCGACUCUUUACGUGCCGCUGUCUCGGUUAGCGGCAGACUUCAAAUGGAUUUACUCGUUAAUGUCUAUGAACAGAGAUGAUUAAUUACGCGUAAUCUAUUUUUUUUUUUAUUAAGGUAAAGUAAAAACCGCACUUAUUGGGUGCAGCAAAUACCGGAGGGGAGAAAUCUGCCGUCGAUCCAAAGCAACGCGAUGCUUUCGUGCUGCAAUUCUCAUCAAAGGAAUCGUUCAACCCAUUAAAAGAUGAACACACUUUGAAAAGGUCGAGAUGAACUUCAGUGUAUGAUCAAAGGCAUGGAUGGAGAUUCAUUUCUAAAUUUUUGUUUUGUUCAAAACGACAACGCGACGAAUUUGAUGCUUCGGGGGUAACAGGUUUAAUAUUCAUCUUCUCGUUUAUUUCCAGUGUCCCGACACUCUCUUGUCCAUCCAUCCAUCAUCUACCGCUUUUCCGGGUCAGGUCGCGGUGGAAGUGGCUUCAGCAGGGAUACCCAGACUUCCCGUUCCCCGGCCACUUCUUCCAGCUCUUCCGGAGGGAUCCCGAGGCGUUCCCGAGCCAGCCGAGAGGCGUGUCCCGGGUCGUCCUCGGGGUCUCUUUCCGGUGGGACCUUCCCGGAACACCUCACCAGGGAGGCGUCCGGGAGGCAUCCGGAUCAGAUGCCCCCGCCACCUCAUCUGCGGAGGACCAGCGGCUCGACACUGAGCCCCUCCCUGAUGACCGAGCUUCUCACUCUAUCUCUAAGGGAGAGCUCGGACACCGAGCGGAGGAAACUCAUUUCGGCCGCUUGUAUCCGGGAUCUUGUUCUUUCGGUCACUACCCACAGCUCAUGCCCGUAGGUGGGAGUAGGAACGUGGAUCGGCUGGUAAAUUGAGAGCUUCGCCUUGCGUCUGGGCUCCCUCUUUACCACAUCGGACCGAUACAAAGUCCGCAUCACCGCAGACCCUGCGCCGAUCCGUCUGUCGAUCUCCCGCUCCGUUCUUCCCCUCACUCGUGAACAAGACCCCGAGAUACUCGAACUCCUCCACUUGGGGAAGGAUCUCAUCCCCGACCCGGAGAGGGCACGCCACCCUUUUCCGGCUGAGGACCACAGUCUCGGAUUUGGAGGCGCUGAUUCUCAUCCCGGCCGCUUCGCGCGCUCGGCUGCGAAUCGCUCCAGUGAGAGCUGGAGAUCUCGGCUUGAUGAAGCCCACAGAACCGCAUCAUCCGCAAAGAGCAGAGAUGCGAUCCUGAGGCCACCAAACCGGAAACGCUCUACGUUAUCAACAAAAUCGGUGACAAAGGGCAGCCUUGGCGGAGUCCAACUCUCACCGGAAACGACUCGGACUUAUUGCCGGCAAUGCGGACCGAACAGCUCGUAUCAGGGGGGUUGGGUACCCCACACUCCCGAAGAACUCCCCCACAGGACUCCCCGAGGCACACUGUCGAAUGCCUUCUCCGAGUCCACAAAACACAUCUAGACUGGUUGGGCGAACUCCAUUGCACCCUCGAGGAUCCGACCGAGGGUGGACACUGUCUUGUGCAAAUAGUUUUGUCUCCUCAGCAAACCAAAAAAUGUUGAAUCCUUCCACUUUGUGAUGCAUUUGUACAUAAAUGUACUGUACGUAUACGUCUCUACUCAUGGACUUGUGUAGCAAUACAUUGACGGUACGCCAGAAUGUUUGUAAAUGAGCUCGGAAACGCGUCCGUGUUCCGCAUUCAGGUCAGCUCACGUUUACCUCGACCUCCGCCCCGUUCUUUCCCGUGGUCCUGUCAAAGAUCGGAACCCGCCCUUCAGGUUUUCUGCCAUGUCAGAGGGCAACUUUUGUGGUGCGCAGUUGAAACGAGGACGACGGACCUCCAAACGCGUUCAGCGCUUGCUAGUAUUUUGGAAAACGAAGCUGUGAAAUUGUUGCCACUCAUUUUCCUUUUCAAGAAAGCACCAGCGUCACAUGUCAAAUGUUCAACUUCGACCAUGAAAGUGUUUGUACAUCUGCAGAAUAAAUAUGCACUUAACUGUU